AUGCUUACCCGCGCUGUUCGUCCGGCCGUCAGGGCUGGUGCCGCUGCGGUCACCCGCACUGCGCCUCCCAAUGCCGCCAACUUUGCGACCCUGCGUGAAAUCGAAGGCCGUCUCAAAUCUAUCAAGAACAUCAAGAAGAUCACCAACACGAUGAAGGUCAUUGCCUCCACGCGUUUGACCCGCGCUCAGAAGGCCAUGGAGGACUCCCGUGCCUACGGUCAGACUUCCAACACUCUCUUCGAACAAGCCGAGACCAAGGCUCUCGAGGACAAGAAGACCCUGCUCGUCGUUGCCAGCUCCGACAAGGGUCUUUGCGGUGGUAUCCACUCCGGUCUCAGCAAGGCCACUCGUCGUGCCCUUGAGGCCAACCCUGGCGCCGAUCUUGUCAUCCUCGGCGAGAAGGCCAAGGCCCAACUCUCUCGUACCAACCCCGGCGCCAUCGUCCUCAGCUUCGCCAACGUUUGCAAGGACAUCCCCACUUUCGCUGAUGCCCAGGCCGUUGCCGACCAGAUUGCUCUGCUCCCCACCGACUACGCCAGCGUUAAGGUUAUCUACAACAAGUUCGUCAACGCCCAGAGCUACGAGCCCGAGACCAUCGAGGCCUACUCCGAGGAGGCCAUCACCCAGUCCCCCAACUUCUCUGCCUAUGAGGCCGAUGAGGAGACCCUCUCCAACCUCCGCGAGUACGCUCUCGCCAACAACCUGUUCUGGGCUAUGGCUGAAGGCCACGCCUGUGAGAUUUCGAACGCCUCAAAGAACGCUGGUGAGAUGAUCGACAAGUUCCAGAUUCUGUACAACCGUCAGCGUCAAGCCGCCAUUACCGGUGAACUGGUUGAGAUUAUUACCGGUGCCGCCGCCAGUGCCGAAUAG